UUGUCACACGUGCCGCGUGGAGUUUUACCUCGCAGCACAAUGGUUGCGGUAACGAAAGAGAAGACUGAAAAGAAGCCUGUGAAAGGCAAGGAGGACAGUAAAAAACUACCAGCUGUACCUGAGUCAGUUUUAAAACACCGCAAGAGGAGGGAUGCACUUCGCACUCGCCGCAUUCAAGUCACACUCAAGAGGCGUUCUGCAGCGAUCAAGAAGAAGCAACUUAUCUUUAAGAGAGCAGAGCAGUACGUCAAGGAAUACCGUAUCAGGGAGCGUGAUGAGAUUAGGUUAGCCAGACAAGCCCGCAACCGUGGUAACUAUUAUGUUCCUGGUGAAGCUAAGCUUGCCUUUGUCAUCCGUAUUCGUGGUAUCAACCAGGUUUCACCCAAGGUUCGUAAAGUACUUCAGCUGUUUAGACUGCGUCAGAUCAAUAAUGGUGUAUUCGUCCGUCUCAACAAAGCCACCAUUAACAUGUUGCGUAUUGCAGAGCCCUAUAUUACAUGGGGUUAUCCUAACUUGAAGAGCGUGCGAGAGCUCAUCUACAAACGAGGUUUCGCCAAAGUGAAGGGCCAACGCAUGCCCAUCACCUCCAACAAGAUUAUUGAGGAGAAACUGGGCAAGAAGAGCAACAUCAUUUGUAUUGAAGAUCUUAUCCAUGAAAUCUUCACAGUUGGUGAGGAGUUCAAGUACGCAAGUAACUUCCUAUGGCCCUUCAAGUUAAACAAUCCCACUGGGGGCUGGCGUAAGAAGACCAUCCAUUACGUCGACGGAGGUGACUUCGGCAACCGCGAGGACAAGAUCAACGAGCUCCUCAGGAGAAUGGUCUAA